AUGAUUCGUAUAAUAAACGAUCGAAUCUCUCAUUUAAGACCUUUAAAAAAACAAAAAUUCUCGCGUUUACCUUUAAUAGCACCAGGUUCUACAAUAGUUCAUCAACAACAAUUAAAAGCAUUAGAAUCAUUAGAUUAUGGUGAUGAUUCGAUACUAUCCAGAGAAAAAGAAAAUAAAAUUGAAGAAAAACAACAAUUAUUAGAUCAUGUUGAUGAUCCAAUUUUAAAAGGAGAAAAAGAAAAUAAAAUUGAUGAAAUUGAAGUAAUUCAUCAACAUUUCGAUUAUGUUGAUGAUCCAAUUCCAAAAGGAGAAGAAAUGGGAGGAGAAAAGGGAGGAGAAAAAGGAGAAAAAUCAGAAAAAUCUUUAAUUGAUGUUGAAAAUAAAACUGGUGAAGAAGUUUGGAUACAUUAUAAAUCUUUAUCUAAUAAAUUUAAAGAUAAAUUACAAAUAAAAGAUUUUAAUAAAAUUCUUGGAAUAUUUUUAAGAAAUCUUUCAAUUGAUCCAGUAUUUCACGAUAGAAUGUUAACAAUAUUAGAUGAAAUAAAUUAUAGAAUGAAACCUGAUGAAUCUACCUAUAACACAAUGAUGUCAAUGAGUUUACAAAGGAAGAAUCUUGAAGAAAUGAAAUAUUAUUUUGAUAUUAUGCAAGAUCAAAAGAUUCAACCAAAUACUAUUACUUAUAAUGUUAUGAUCACGGCAAUUGUUAGAAUUGGGAAAGCGGCACAAGCAUUUGCACUUUAUGAUGAUAUGAGAAAAAAAGGAAUAGAAAGAAAUCAAAAAACUUUUACAAUGUUAAUUCAAGCAUGUGUAAAAACUCGUGAUGUCAAACAAGCCAAAAGUCUUUAUAAUGAUAUGUUAAGAGAAGGAAUUAUUCCAGAUGUAAUUAUUUAUAAUACUUUAAUUAAUGUGACAGCUAGGAAUGCAACAAAUUUAAAAGAAUUAGAACCAGCAUUUAAUUUUGUGGAAGAAAUGAAACAGAAAGGAAUUACACCAAUAACAUCAACUUAUAGUAUUUUGGUUAAAUCACUUAUAGAAAUGGGGAAACGUACUGAAGCAUUACAAAUUUUUAAUCAAAUGGAAAAAGAUGGAUGUAAACCUGAUGCAUUAAUUUUAGAAGGAAUUGGAUUAACGGGAUUAAAAUCAUUAAUAAAGAUGAGAGAUACAUAUAAUAUAACACCUAGUAAUGAAGAUUAUAAUACAUUCAUUAAUCAAGCAAUUCGAGAAUCCAAAUUUAAUGAUGCGGCAGAAAUUUUACGAAUUAUGUUACAAAAUGGAUUUCAACCUGAUGUUUCAACUUAUUCAAUUAUAAUCAAUGCUCAUAUUAAAAAUAAUGAUAUAUCAAAAGCCAUGCAAUUAUAUAACGCGAUGAAAAUUGAUAAUAUUAAAUCUGAUUCAUACAUUUUUUCGGCUUUAAUUAUUGGAUAUGUUAUGAAAAAAGAAAUUGAUCAAGCAUUUAAAUUAAUUGAUGAAAUGUUAAAUUCUCAUGUAGAAUUAAAUAAUCGAACGAUUAAUCGAAUUAUUGAUACAGCUAGUGAACAUCAAGAUAUUAAUAUAAUUCAAAAAGUUUUUGAUCGAUUAUUAAGAAUGACUAAUCCUGAUAAAGUAGCAUUUGAAAGAGUACUUUGGAGAGUUGCACAAUCUGGACAAUUAACAAUGGUAGAAAAUUAUUUAAUUUUAAUGGAAAAAUAUAAUCAUAAAAUUGAUUUUGAUACUUAUAAAUCAAUUAUAACAGGAUCUUGUAAAGGACUUUAUUUAUCGGAAGGAUUAUAUUGGUAUCAAAGGAUGAUCAAUUUGAAAUUACGACCAAAUCAUUUAUUACUUUCAACUUUAUUGAGAUGUCACGCCGAACCAAAAUAUUCAAAUAAAAUGUUUGUAUUAUGGAAUGAUUUUCAUUAUUUUGGAAUAUUACCAGAUGAUGAAGAUAUUAUGUUUGUAUUAUUAAUUUGUCGAGAAAUUGGUUCUUGGCAAAUGGAAAAUCGAAUAUUAAGACAAUUAAAAGAUUUAGGUUAUAAUACGGAUACUUAUAAAACUGCUUUAGAUGCUAUAGAUUUACAAAAAAUUGGUAUUGAAAAAAUUCAAGGACUUAAACUUAAUACUGGAGCAAUUGAACUUUGGAUUAAACAAAGAAAGAUGUCCAUUAAUGCAUAUAAGAAACGUGAAAUUGAAAUAAAGAAUGCUAAAGAAAAUUUACAAAAAUGGGCGAAUAAAGUUGGAAUUAGGAAUGAAGCAAAAUUAGAUACAAGUGCUAAAAAAAGAGUAAAUCAAUGGUUACCAUAUAGUGAAAUGGUAAAACUAAGAAAAAAGAAAGAAGAAGAAGCAGCAACAGCAACAGCAACAGUUCAAGACAAUACUAAUCUCAAUAUUAAUACAAAAUAA